UUUCAAAUCAUUGCGCUUCUAGCCUUUGGACACGCAUAGUUAUUAAAUGGGUUACAACUUAAACGUCAUAGGAUAUUAUAGGUGGCUAAUAUUUCUCUUCAGCUUCAGUAAUUUUGAUCGACUUUAGCUGUCUUUUCGUUAAUUUUCCAGUUUUAAAGUAUUAAUUAAUUUGUUGAAUAGUUUUUAAUUAUUUCUCUCUAUUAAAAAUGUUGCACUUUAACACCGUCCCCGAAGACUACGUGAGGAAGACCAACCAGUAUGCUCAAGUGGCACUGGCAUGCGGGCGCGCGGCCCACCAGGCGGCCGUCCGAGGCGCUACCUCCCCCAACCCUCAGCUCGCUGCUUUGACUCCCAAGGUCCGUGCCUUCGUGGAGCGUUCAGCAGCUCUCUGCCAGCCGGAACACGUCCAUGUGUGCGAUGGCUCGGAGGCCGAGGCUGCUGCUCUACUGCACAUCAUGCAGCAACAAGGCACCUUGAAACGGCUGCCGAAGUACGACAACUGCUGGUUGGCUCGCACCGACCCUGCAGACGUGGCCCGCGUGGAGUCCCGCACCUUCAUCUGCUCUGAGAAGGAGAGGGAUGUGGUACCCGUCGCCCGAGCUGGACAGAAGUCCGCCCUUGGCAACUACAUCGCCCCUGAUGACUAUGAAAAGGCCAUCACUGAAAGAUUCCCUGGAUGCAUGCGAGGCCGUACCAUGUACGUGAUCCCAUUCUCGAUGGGUCCCGUCGGAUCACCUCUGUCCAAGAUCGGAGUCGAGAUCACAGACUCGCCAUACGUCGUCUACUCUAUGCGCGUCAUGACUAGAAUGGGUGCGAGAGUAUUGGAAGCUCUGCGUCAAGAUGAGCAGUUCGUCCGCUGUCUCCAUGCAGUCGGCACUGGUGGUGGAGUGACUGGAUGGCCAUGCGACCCUCCUCGCACUAUCAUCCUACACAAACCCGCUGACAACGAAAUUGUUAGCUACGGUAGUGGAUAUGGUGGCAACAGUUUGUUGGGCAAAAAGUGCUUCGCUCUUCGUUUGGGCUCCGUCAUCGCGCGCCGUGAAGGCUGGCUUGCUGAACACAUGCUGAUUGUUGGUGUAACUGACCCAAAGGGCCGUAAGCGCUACAUCGCAGCGGCUUUCCCUUCCGCCUGUGGUAAGACCAACCUCGCUAUGAUGACGCCCACCCUGCCAGGAUACAAGGUGGAGUGUGUAGGUGAUGACAUCGCCUGGAUGAAGUUCGAUAAGAAUGGCGUGCUGAGAGCUAUCAACCCGGAGAAUGGAUUCUUUGGAGUUGCUCCAGGAACUUCCGAAGCGACCAACCCAAUAGCCAUGUCAACAGUAUUCCAAAACACGGUAUUCACGAACGUAGGAGAAACCAAUGACGGUGGUGUUUGGUGGGAAGGCAUGGGCGCUGCCCCUGAGAAACUGACCGACUGGAAGGGACAACCAUGGGACCCUAGCAAGAAGACUCCCGCUGCACACCCCAACUCUAGAUUCUGCACCCCAGCUGAACAAUGCCCGAUUAUUGAUGAUCAAUGGGAAAGUGCUGAGGGAGUGCCAAUAUCCGCCAUCUUGCUUGGAGGACGUCGUCCUGCUGGCGUGCCUUUAGUUGUAGAGUCUCGAGACUGGCAACACGGUGUGUUUAUGGGAGCUACCAUGAGAUCUGAAGCCACUGCUGCAGCUGAACAUGCGGGCAAAGUAGUAAUGCACGAUCCGUUCGCCAUGCGUCCAUUCUUCGGCUACAACUUCGGCGAGUACCUGAAGCACUGGCUGUCCAUGCCGCAGGCUGGUCGCCAGAUGCCCAAGAUCUUCCACGUCAACUGGUUCCGCAAGAGUGAUGAGGGCAAAUUCCUCUGGCCUGGUUUCGGUGAGAACUCCCGCGUACUCGACUGGAUCCUCCGCCGCUGUGACAACGAGCCAUGCUACACUGAAUCCCCACUUGGAAACAUCCCUGCUGAGGGCGAUCUCAACACACAGAACCUCGGCGCCAUCGACAUGAAGAGCCUGUUCAGUAUACCCAAGGACUUCUGGCUCCAAGAAGCGGACGCCAUCGAAAAGUAUUUCAAGGAAGAAGUUGGACAGGACUUGCCCCAAGAAAUGUGGGACGAACUAAACAAACUGAGGAACAACGUGCAGCAAUCUUAACUUAUGCCAAAGAUUUAUAGCUUUAAGAAUUCUUAGUUAAGUAUUUCGGAAUGUAAAGAUACUACUUAUAUGUUUUCUCUCGGAUAGUCUUUGCAAACAUUCCUGUUAUAUGUAUUUUCUCUUUAAUCGAACGCUGGUCGUACAAUUGUUUUAAUAAAUAUUGGAAUCGAAAGUAACGAACAAUGCUGGCUGAAGAACGUAGUAAUGACGAAUAAGAAGGCUGUGUUAUUUAAGUAAAUAAUGAUAUGAAUAAGUAAUAAUUAUGUAUAAUAUGAACGAUAAUGAAUUUACUCAUCAAAAUAAUGUAUAGAAUAUUUUGUAUGUAAGUUAAUUUUUAAAAUAAAACGUAUUAUUCAGUGAGUAA